GUUCGGUUCUAUCCAAUACAGUAGUCAGUCUCUCCUCUCGGCUUUGUGAUUUGGUUGUUGCGUUCUGGGCUGCUUCUGCUGCCUCCCAUUCUCUUCAGCCCUCCGAUCGUACCUCCUCCUCCUCCUCCUCCUCUCUCUCUCUCUCUCUCUCUCUCUCUCUCUCUCUCUCUCUCUCUCUUUACUUUUAGAGAGAUAAUUCAUUUCCCUCUCGUGGUGUCUUCGCUCUUUAUAAUAAAAUCAAUCAAUUAUCUUUAUUUUGUUGUUUCCAUCUAAACCCCCCAACCCCAACCCCACAAGAAUGGCUCACGCGUUUUUCCAGACGGCUCAAAUCAUGCCCAUGAACUCCUACGUCGCCCCAAAGCCCAUCCCCAAACUCCACCACAGGCGCCGAGGUUCCGUUAUGAUGACAUCAUCAUCAUCGUCCCCCGCCGAGGUAGACAGUGACGCUGCUGCCUCUCUUUUGCAGCGAUGUUUUGCAGCUCCACCGGCUCCUUCCUCUUCUACCUUCGCUCCCUCUAUGAAGGGCCAAUACGGUUCGCUUUCCUCCGUUACAUUGGAGAAAUCGAAGCUUGAUUUAACGCAAAAGCAAACUAUGUCUAGCCCUGAGGUUUACGUUGGGGGAGGUGGUGGAGGUAUUGGAAAGAAAAUCAAUCAUGGUGGUGGUGAUGGAGGCGAUGAUGAUGGCGAUGAUGAUGAUUACUUUGAUGACUUUGAUGACGGUGAUGAGGGAGAUGAGGGUGGCUUGUUUAGGAGACGGAUACUUCUUGAAGAGCUAUUUGACCGCAAAUUUGUGGAUGCUGUGUUAAAUGAAUGGCAAAGGACUAUGAUGGAUUUGCCUGCUGGGUUUCGGCAAGCUUGUGAAAUGGGGUUGGUUAGCUCAGCUCAAAUGGUAAAAUUCCUGGCAAUCAAUGCCAGGCCAACCACUAGCAGAUUUAUUUCUAGAGCACUACCACAAGCAGUAUCAAGGGCUUUCAUUGGCAGGUUGCUUGCAGAUCCUGCAUUCAUGUAUAGGUUUCUAUUAGAGGAGGUUGCUACCAUAGGUUGCUCAGUGUGGUGGGAGAUUAAAAAUCGGAAGGAUAGGAUAAAGCAGGAGUGGGACCUUGCACUUAUCAAUGUGCUCACAGCAGCAGCAUGCAAUGCAGUAGUUGUUUGGUCCCUUGCUCCUUGUCGAUCAUAUGGAAACACAUUUCAAUUUGAUUUACAAAAUACAUUGCAGAAGCUUCCAAACAACAUAUUUGAAAAGAGCUAUCCGCUAAGGGAAUUUGACUUGCAAAAGAGAAUCCAAUGCUUUUUGUUCAAGGCUGCUGAGUUGUGCAUGGUUGGUUUAAGUGCUGGUGCGGUGCAGGGUGCAUUGUCAAACUCUUUGGCUAGGAAAAAGGAGGGACGAUUAUCUGUGACAGUCCCAAGUGUUAGCAGCAACGCACUUGGUUAUGGUGCUUUUCUUGGAAUGUAUGCUAACCUGAGAUAUCAACUGUUAUGUGGAUUUGAUAGAGCAAUGAUUAGCUAUUUUGAUGUCAUUGGAGUCGCGUUGUUCUUCAGCACAGCAUUCAGGGUCUUGAACGUUCAAUUAGGAGAAACUUCCAAGCGUACCUGGCUUGGAGUUGAGGCAGAUCCAUUGGCUAACUCAGAUGACCUCUUGAGAGUUUACAACAGGACUUCUGAGAAUGUAGAAAAGCCAUCCUCAAAAUGGUUUAUAUCAAAGAAUGCAAUUGUUUCCGGGCUUGGGCUACUGGGCAUCAAACAAGGGAAUGCAGACUCUGUGGCUGGUUCAGAAUCUUCAGCUCCUAAAGCUCGCCGAAAAAGGAUUGUUCGGAAGAAGGUUGCUGCAGGUUCAGUGUAGUUUCUUCUCAUGUAAACGUAGUCCUUGUCCAAUUUUGCUGUUUGCUACUGCUGGAGUGUCCUUGGUGGUUUCUGGCUGCUCCACUUAAUCCUCGGGGGUAACUAGUGGCCCAUGAUUUUUUACCACAUCAACCAAGUUUGAGGAGGGUUUUAUUGUUUUUAAAUUUUUUCAGGGAUUCUUCAAUCGAAUUACCAUAUUUUGCUAUCUGAAUCUGUACUAAAUUUUAAUCUUUUAAAUGAAGUAGAGCAAGUUUUGCCCCCCGUGGUCGAAACACACUGAUCCAUGUAACUUCAAUCGAUACUCGAAAAUAUAGUUCCUAAGCUCUUGUCUGAAGUCCAAUGAUCUUCUGUCAACGAGACUUCAUGAUUCAGACUGUGUUAGAUCAUGUAGUUUCACGAACUUUUGUUCUCAAGUCUCUUCCUAAUCUUA